AGGUGUUUUCGCUUUUCCUACGUGAUAUAUGACCUCGUAAAGUCUCUGAAAUAUCUUCGAUAUGCACUUUGGCAUGCCCAGAAAGCAAAAGUUUACUGCUUCAACCAAUCAGCUCUCUGUUACGGGAUCCUGAGAACCAGUCAGAAGGCGCUGUUCAAGUAAUAGACAAAGAGCUUUUGGCAAAACUCAUAAAUGUCUCCGUAUAGUUUGAGAAUUCACGCACAUCCUUAACACCUGUUAAAAACAAUAACGCACCGAGAGCAUAAUUAGAACAAGGAGCACAAAAGAAGAAAUUAAAUCGGACUAAAAGGCUUUUUAUUUCACCCACGACUAUUUUGCUCUUUUUGCUUGAGGGAUCAAAACUGUCGUUUGGAGCUUAUAUUUUGGGGGUUUUGAACGUGGAAUAUUUUCUUGUAUUUUUAAAGCUCUUUUGGUCUUUCAGAGGUGUCCCCUUGUUCACUUGCCCGACGUAAAUUUAAUUAGCGGGCCGCCCUGGAGCAAUGACCGCUUUGGCAGGGACCGUUCCCAGGAUGAUGCGUCCAUCUCUGUCUCAAAACUAUCGCAGUGGAUUCCCGAUGGAAGUUUCCACUCCGAUGGGCCAGGGUCGAGUCAACCAGCUCGGAGGAGUUUUCAUUAACGGUCGACCUCUACCGAACCACAUUCGACACAAGAUAGUAGAGAUGGCCCAUCACGGGAUCCGGCCCUGCAUUAUAUCCCGCCAGCUCAGAGUCUCUCACGGCUGCGUGUCCAAAAUCCUGUGUCGGUACCAGGAGACUGGAUCCAUACGGCCCGGAGUCAUCGGCGGGAGUAAAUCCAAGACUACAUCUCCAGAACUGGAAAAGCGCAUUGAGGAAUAUAAACGGGAUAAUCCAGGAAUAUUCAGUUGGGAAAUUCGGGAUAAAUUGCUCAAAGAGGGGUUUUGUGACCGGAACAACGUACCCUCAGUGAGUUCAAUAAGCCGCAUUAUGAGAGGCAGAUAUAAUGCAAAAUGUGACGAAGAGGAGGAGGAUGAAGAAGACAUUGAAAGGCAAGAACUGGCGCACAAGAGCGGACACCACAUCAAAGGGAUUUUAGCAGACAGAUCGAGUCCAUCUGAUGAAGGUUCGGAUUUGGAGUCAGAACCUGAUCUGCCACUGAAAAGAAAACAGCGCCGCAGCCGAACCACCUUCACCGCCGAUCAGCUGGAGGAGCUGGAGAGAGCUUUUGAACGCACACAUUACCCUGAUAUAUACACCAGAGAAGAGCUCGCACAGAGAGCAAAACUCACAGAAGCACGAGUACAGGUGUGGUUCAGUAAUAGACGAGCUCGAUGGAGGAAGCAAGCAGGAGCAAAUCAGCUCAUGGCGUUCAAUCACCUGAUCCCUGGUGGAUUUUCAUACCCAGCGAUAUCCAAUAUCUCCCCGUAUCAGCUGUCAGAAAGCCAAUACCCACCCACUGGCAUCUCUCCUGAUUCAAGUUCUGUGCACAGACCUCAGCUCCUCCCCCCGCCCUCAAGCAUUCAGAGUUCUGGAGGGGCAGGCCAAGAAGGCGGGGCUUCCUACUGUCUCUCCAGUCGGCAUGGUUACGUGGGAUAUUCGGAGACUUUUGGACCUCACAACAGCCACUCUAACACUACCAUCAAUAAUGGAUUAUCUUCUCAGGUUAUGGGAAUAAUAGCCCCAGCUGGAGUUCCACACCAGACACAGGCUGAGUAUUCUCUGUCCUCUCUCAGUGGUGCUCUGGAAUCGGGUGGUUCCCCGAGCGCCACCUGCUCCCAGCGCAUGGAGACUCUGCCUAGUCUACCUGCCCUCUCCAACCUGGCCGGUUCACAGUCCUACGUCCCACCUUCAUUCUACAGCAUGGAACACAGCAGCCCCUACCAGUACAGCCAGUAUGGACAAAGUACCUUUCAUUAUCUAAGGCGUGAAAUUGCCUGAAUGGGUUGUACAGCUCAGAUGUCCAUUGGACUGACGGUCUAAUUUGGAACAAAACUCAAGACACAGGAGACAAAUAAGAACUGUUUUGACAUUGUAAUUUAAAAAAAUAAACCUUAUGUCAGCUGGAGAGUGCACACACACACACACACACACACACAUGUUGGUGCGGCUCUCCUUAUGAGGACUGUCCAUAGACAUAAUGAUUUUUAUUCUGUCCGAACUAUAGAUUCUAUCCCCUAAACCUACCCCUACCCCUAAACCUAACCCUCACAAAAAACUUUCUGCAUUUUUACAUUUUCAAUAAAACAUUGUUUAGUGUGUUUUUUAAGCAAUUUGAAUUAUGGGGACACUAGAAAUGUCCUCAUAAACCACAUUUAUAGCAUAAUACCCUUGUAAUUACCAGUUUGUAACCUAAACAAAUCCUCAUAAACCACCCAAACCUGCCCACACACACACACACACACACACACACACACGUACGCACGCAUGAACGCACGCACGCACAAACACACACACACACAAACACACACACACACACACACACACAGCUUGAAGAUCACAGAGCCGUUUUCCAUCUACAACAUUCCCAUGAACUCUUCUUCAAUAUCCCUUCCAAAAGAAUCAGCCGCAAUUCCAGAGAACACAACAAGACAAGCCAAAUUAAAACAAUGAGAUUUUGACUGAACAGAGGCAUGUUUAGAGUUUUCACUGAAAGCCAUUUUUAUGUGCAAUAUCUGAGAACUACAAAUAUGUGGCUACAUGCAAACAGAACUUUUAUAGCCAUUGAGGCCUGAGAGCGGGCAUUCUUACGAUGCCAGACGAAAGCACUGGGCUGGAUAAAUAUUGCUCUCUGACUAUAUGUUGUAAAUUAAAUAUAUAUGUUUCAAAAAUGACAAUGAACUUCAGAGCAUUAUGUGUCUGUUGGUCGCAGAACAUUCCCUGGCAUUUGAAUGAAGGUUUUUUUUUCUUAACUGAGUGAUCACCGGAAAAUUCAGAGUAUAUGGGAACAUAUUUGCUCUUAAAGUGAGUUUGAAAGCCUUUUGAAAUCCUUAUCAAUAAUUGCUGUAGUAGUGCUGUGUGAAUGGUAUUUAAGGGCUCAUUUGAAGUUGUUUUAUUUUUUUUUUUAUUGAAUAUAUAUUUUUAUACGUUUCUUAUCUGAUGUGCUUAAGAUCGCAAUAUAAGGUAAAUGUGGCCAUUUGAUUCCCCUAAAAUACCUUAAAAUUGUCUUUCUACACGAUAUAACCACAAGGACAAUUUGUCCAACUCAAUUUUAUUAAUUUAUUUAUAUAUGUAAGUGUGUAUUUGUAUCCUACAGAUAUUUUUCCUAAUUAAAUCAUUUAUUGUAUGGAAGUAAACUUGAUUUGUGUCUGAUUGUAGAGUGAGGGUUUCUCUCUCUUCUUUUCUUUCUUUCUCACUCACCCUUUGUCCUCCCUGAUCCUCUCUUUCUUUCUCUUAGAAGUUUCUUUUAACCCUCAGAUUUCUCCUAUAAAUGUUGCCCUUCAAACAGUGUCCUCUCCUUCACCCUGCUCCAUGCAGUCCUCAAUCAUCUGAGGGGUCAAAGUUUAAAGUUCACAAUUCCGGCACAUGUUUCUGACAGAGAGAGAAAGAGAGGAAGAGAAGGAGACAGUUCAGACAGAUGAAAAUAAAACUACAGUCUGAUCUGUUUCUCAUCUGAUCCUCAAACAUGUGUCGACUUGAUUACGUUCACAUAUCAGUGAAACUCAUCAAA